AUGGAGAAGAGAGCACCCUUCGUCAGACCCAACAGCGGCAUCUCAGGAGAACACCAUAUCCAGCGUUCAGACGACCAUCACUAUCUCAGGAAGCGCACGUUCAAGAGCGUGGGCACUCCUAGAUCCCUCCUACUCGACCCCAGUGGUGGUGUUGGUGGUGAAGGUAGCGGCGACCUCGGGAAGAGACGUGAUCUCAGCUCCAGUGCCAAUAACAUCAGCAAAAUUGUCAAGAAAAGUGGCGGGUAUAAACCUAGUAGCCCACAGGACGGAGAAAGUGGUGGCCAUGGAGAGGGUGGGUACGGAGACGAUCUCAAGAAACGCAGAAGCACCAAGAGCGACACCUUCAGGUAG